CUUUAGAAGUUGGGCUCCUGGGUUAGAGCUGGACGGGGAGCACGGUCCAAAAAGACAGUCAUUUAUAAUUGUUUCCAUCAUGGUUUCCCUCUGGAUUAAACGUUGUUUGUUUACAUGUGUAUUUAUUAGUCGCGUAUUUAUAAGUUUGCAAACCAGGGAAGAAGUGCUGCUGGACAUGAAGGCUCUCGGGGGAGAGCUGGGAUGGCUGACCUCGCCCAGCGAGCAGGGGUGGGAGAUCGUACAGACGGUAGUGAACAGUUCCCUGUUGUACACCUACUCCGUCUGCAAUGUGGAAUCCACGGACCAGGACAACUGGCUGCGCACCACCUUCAUCCAGCGGCGGGCGGCGGUGGCGGCGCGCGUCCUGGUGGAGCUCCGCUUUGUUGUGCGCGACUGCAGCUCCUUCGGUGGCGCCUCGCUCACCUGCAAGGAGACCUUCAACCUGCAUGUGGCCGAGGCCGAUGCUGAUGUCGGCACCAACUUCCGCAAGAGCCAGUUCCGCAAGGUGGCCACCAUCGCGCCCGACGAGAUCACGGCCCACGGCGAGCUGCGCGUCAACACGGAGACGCGGGCGCUGGGCCCGCUUUCCCGCAGCGGCUUCUACCUGGCCUUCCAGGACCCGGGCGCCUGCGUGGCCCUGCUCUCCGUCAGGGUCUACUACAAGACAUGCACGGCCACCGUGCAGAGCCUGGCCAUCUUCCCCGAGACUGUGGCCGGGGGGGACAGCCAGGCCCUGACCGAGGUCACUGGCAAGUGCGUGGACAAUGCUGCCAGCCAGGACCCCCCGCGGAUCUACUGCACCUCCGAGGGCGGCUGGGUGGUCCCAGUCGGGCAGUGCCAGUGUCUGCCUGGAUACGAGGCCGUCGGAGAGUCCUGCCAAGCCUGCCAGACCGGCUUCUUCAAGGCAUUGCAGUCAGACGACAAGUGUGAGCCUUGCCCCAAGAAUACGGCGUCAUCUCGGCCAGGCUCCCGCCUUUGCCCCUGCCUGGAUGGCUUUUUCCGUGCCCUUCAAGACCUGGAUACCCAGCCAUGUUCCGCCCCCCCCUCGGCACCGCGGCACCUGGAGGCCGUGACCCUGGAGUCAGUGGUGGGAAAGAUGGAGCUGUCAUGGAGUCCCCCAGCAGAGACAGGUGGCCGAGACGACGUGACCUAUACCGUGUCAUGCGAGCGCUGCGAUGGAGCCGCCUGCCAGCCCUGCGGGGAGCGCGUGCGUUUCGAGCCACCUGCAGCUGCCCUGCGGGAUCCCCACGUUACCGUCAGCGAGCUGGAGCCCCACCUCAACUACACCUUCAUGGUGGAGGCCCGCAGUGGCGUGUCGCAGUUCAGCCCCCAGAGAGCGACAAGCAGCCUCACCACUGCCCUGCGCUACACAGACCCCCCCAAGGUGACAUCCAUGAGGCUGGACGAGCGGGGCAGCACCAGCUUGUCCCUGUCGUGGGCUGUGUCACGGCGAGCCCACCCCCAUGCUGCCCACCGCUAUGAGCUCAUGUUCCGCAAGAAGGAGAACAACAGCGAGAAUGAUGUUACCACCUACACCGUGCUGGUCCUGGAGAAGAGCUCAGUGCAGAUCAGCGACCUGGCCCCAGGCACCGUCUACGUGUUCCGUGUCCAGGCCCUGAGCCCCCUGGGGACCCCGGGCGUCUACAGCAUGGAACACGAGUUUGAGACGUUGCCAGAAGUGAAGGACAAGCCGGAUAACAGCGUGACGGCCAUCGUGGGAGCCUCGGUGGGAACCACCAUUCUCCUCAUCACUGUAGCCGUGGUCGUGCUAUGUCACCGGAGGAAGAACCAUUCUACCAGACAAGAGCCAGAGGACACAUACUUCUCCAGCUCAGAGCAACUGAAGCCCCUGAAGGCUUACGUGGAUCCCCAUACCUAUGAGGACCCCAACAUUGCCAUCCACAAAUAUGCCUGCGAGAUCCAAGCGAGCCACAUCACCAAGCAGAAGGUCAUCGGGGCAGGGGAGUUCGGAGAGGUGUACCGUGGGGUGCUGAAGGUGCCGGGCCGCAAGGAGACGCCGGUGGCCAUCAAGACCCUGAAGCCGGGCUACACGGAGAAGCAGAGACAGGAGUUCCUGAGCGAGGCCAGCAUCAUGGGCCAGUUUAGCCAUCAGAACAUCAUCCGCCUGGAGGGAGUCGUCACCAAGUUCAAACAUGCCAUGAUCGUGACAGAGUAUAUGGAAAACGGCGCCCUGGACAGCUACCUGAGGGACCAUGAUGGCGAGAUGACGUCUUACCAGUUGGUGGGUAUGCUGCGAGGCAUUGCGGCUGGCAUGAAGUACCUCGCCGAGAUGAGCUACGUGCACCGGGACCUGGCCGCCCGCAACAUCCUAGUCAACAGCAGCCAGGAAUGCAAGGUGUCUGACUUUGGGCUGUCGCGGGUGCUGGAGGACGACGCUGAGGGCACCUACACCACCAGUGGAGGAAAAAUCCCCAUCCGCUGGACGGCCCCAGAGGCCAUUGCCUAUAGGAAGUUCACCUCUGCCAGUGACGUCUGGAGCUUUGGAAUUGUCAUGUGGGAGGUCAUGGCCUUCGGAGAACGGCCGUACUGGGAUAUGAGCAACCAGGAGGUAAUGAAGGCCAUCAACGAGGGAUUCCGUCUGCCAGCGCCUAUGGACUGCCCCUCGGCCGUCAACCAGCUGAUGCUCCAGUGCUGGCUCCAGGACCGCUCCAAGCGGCCACGCUUCGCUGACAUCGUCAGCCUGCUGGACAAGUUGCUGAGGUGUCCCGAGUCCCUCAAGACCAUCGCUGACUUUGACCCCCGUGUAUCCAUACGGCUACCCAGUACAAGCGGGUGUGAUGGCUCCCCCUUCAGGUCGGUGUCGGAGUGGCUGGAGUCUAUCAAGAUGAGCCAGUACAGUGAAAACUUUACUUGUGCUGGCAUCACUACCAUGGAGCAGGUCCUGCAGAUGAAGAACGAGGACAUCCGGAACGUCGGGGUGCGGCUCCCCGGUCACCUCAAGAGAAUCGCCUACAGUAUCUUGGGCCUCAAGGACCAGACCAGCUCCCUUAGCGUCUUCGCGGUGUGACCCUCCUCGGCAAAUGGACUGCCCCAUCCAACUGGGCUCUGCCAAACUGGGUCCACUGGGUCGACUGACCAAACCGGCCUUGGGCUGGACAGCCCCCACCUCUCAGCCCCCCCCCCCCCCACAAACUGGUGGCUGGGCGGGUGAAACACAAAGUUUGACUGAAGGGCAAACCAGCCACUAAAUUCUGUACCCGGGAAGCCAAAUUCUAGAAACUUUCCUAGGAAUGGAGAUUGAGAAAUGUGGGAGUGAAAGAAAAGAAGAACAAUCUGAACUCCUUUACUGUUUCAGUCGAAUUCAUUACUGUUCCUACCUUGAAUUUCUAAAGCCGAUUCCAUUAUGAUUUUUUUAUAUGUAUAUACACAUAUGAGCGAAAUGUAGUUACUGAACAUUUGCUAUGUACGCUUAGCUCUGACUGAGAUCCAGAGUCUUAUGGUGCCUUGCUCGGCCACCGAGGCGCUGACGGAUGACAAUCCGCCUGGAGGAUUUCACCUCCCCCACUCCCCCCGGGGCAUUCUGCGAGGAGCCUCCCGCCUGCCCAAAUAAGCUCAGAGCCCUGACCGUGUAGAGACUGAGACGGGCACAGAGAAGAUCUGUGGGGAAGACUUAGGGAAAAACCCGGACUCUCCCUGGAGGUCCUCAAAGAGUGCUGUGUGAUGCCCUCUGCGUUGCCAAGAGACUGAAGAACUGGACUCUUCCCACAAUAACUCUACCCCCCCACCCUUUUUCCCAAGCACUUAAAUCCAUGGAGAUGUUAGCAGUUGGCUACUGGGCUGUUUGGCAUGAACUUGUUCUGUUUCUGAGUUAUUGUUCAGGUUAAUUCUGUUCCCUAUUCCACACUGCAAUUUCUGCUCAUACAAAACUCACAAAUUAAUGCAAAGCAGCUCUCUGAGGGCCUCUUCAUUCCUAACGCUGUUUUCAUCAUUGAACGUUUCAGAAAACGACUGGGUAGUGUAAGAAUUCAGUUUUUCCCUUUCUCCAAAUUCUUAAAUUGGCUGUUUCUUAAACAUUAUUUAAUAUUUAUUUUGUUGCUUUUUUAAUUUAUUUUAAAAAUGAGACCUGCUUGUAUAUGUAUGUUUAGUUUCAAUAAAAUCUUUGUUAUAGAUACAAAUAA